AUGCGUCAUUCGUUUGUUUCUAUUCUAGUGGUCAUCGGCGCCGCGGUUCAAGCUGCUGCGCAGCUCAACGGCAAGGUCGGACCAUUGACACCUCGUCAGGCCAAGGCUGCCAUCAAAACUUGCAAUAUCACCGACUACGGGGCCAAAGCGAAUGCCAAGACCGAUAACAGCGCGGCUAUACAAAAAGCCUGGGAUGAUUGUAAAACCACUGGUGGAGAAGUUGUCAUCCCGGCUGGCGACUAUGGUCUUGGUACUUGGUUGACACUUUCUUCCAAAACUCCAAUGAGCUUUCGUCUUGAUGGGAUUAUUUACCGCAUUGGAACCGGUGACGGUAACAUGUUUAUGUUCAAGCACUUAGAGGACUUUGAGUUUUACAGCAGUACCUCCCAGGGUGCGAUUCAAGGAUAUGGAUAUGAGUUUCACAAGAAUAACAAAUACGGCCCUCGUAUCCUUCGCUUCUUCGAUGUCAAGAGCUUCUCUAUGCACGACGUGGCCCUUGUUGACUCUCCGGCCUUCCACUUCUCUUUAGACACUUGCUCUGAUGGAGAAGUGUACAACACAGUUAUCCACGGAGGCGCACGAGGUGGUCUAGACGGUAUUGACGUCUGGGGAUCCAAUAUCCAUAUCCACGACGUCGAAGUCAGCAACAAAGACGAGUGUGUCACUGUAAAGAAUCCCUCCGACCAUUUGCUGAUUGAAAAUAUCUUCUGCAAUUGGUCGGGCGGUUGCGCUAUGGGCUCUCUUGCAACUGACACCAACAUCCACGACAUCGAGUACAAGAAUGUAUACACCCAAGGAUCUAACCAGAUGUAUAUGUUCAAGUCUUACGGCGGAAGCGGUACCGUCUCCAACAUCGCUCUCAAGAAGUUCAGGGGCCACUCCAAUGCAUACACUCUCAACGUCGAUGCGGAAUGGAGCUCUAUGAAGCCCGUCGCCGGUGAUGGCAUUCUUUACAGCAAUAUGACCUUCUCAGAGUGGUCUGGAAGUUGUACUGAUGGACGUCAGAGAGGUCCUAUUAAAUUCAACUGCCCUGCUGAUGUUCCUUGUGUUGACCUACAGGUCGAUGACUUUACCGUUGGUAGUAGCAAGGGCAAUGUUGUUGAACAUAUUUGCAAGAAUGCUUAUGGGUCCGGAGUUUGUCUGAAGGAAGGCGACGGUGGUGCUUAUACAGCAACCCAGACUGUCAACAACCCCAAUUUCGCCACUCAAACAAUGGGCGGGGAGCUCACUGCCGGUCUUGGCCUUACUGCUUCCAUCGCUAUUCCUACGAUUCGAUCUUCCUUUUUCCCUGGUACUCCUGUUAUCAACUCACUCAUGAGCAACUCUGCAAAGGAGGACUGA